AUGGUUAUGUCCGACUGCAUGUGUAGUUGGAAGCCGAUAUUAGCUUUCAAGACGUCGAAAUCACGCUCGCGAAAUCUCGAGCUCGACAAUCUAGCCACCGAUUUAUCCAGGGCUCGAGAACGAAAGCUGUUCGCACUUCUCAUGGAUAUCGAAAACAAGAUCAACCACAUGGCGGUGGCGACAAGCGUUUAUCGUCAGACACAUCUCUCUCCCGUCUCAACUCUUCAAAGCACACCAUUCGGCUGUCUCCAAGGUCUGGCCUCCCGGCUGUCGGUAUUUAGGACAUCCGGAAACAUUAACUCGCGAGGCAUGAAGCUUAGGCUCCGUGCCAAGUCAAAUUUAUGA